AUUAAAAUAAAACGCACGCCCAGACAACUUUUAUCUUGCUUGCUCCUCUCUCUCUCUCUCUCUCUUUCUCUCUCUCUAAGACUUCCUAACAAUGGAUCACGACCACCAUCACCCUCAAAACCCUAACCCUUGCGACACUCAUUUCUCCGAUAACUUUGAUGCGUUGCCGGAGUUCGAGUUCUCCGAUUUUCUCCUGCUCGAUGAUGGCUCGGCCGAAGAAGGUUCGCCAGAGAACUUGGCUUCCUCCGAUAAUGUCAUCGACGGAUCUAUGGAAUCCGCCGGCGCUUCGCCAUCGACACACAGUAACAUGAAUAAAAACGGGGGGAGGAAAGGCAAGGCGGAUCAAGCGGGGAGUAGGGUUGCUUUCAGAACGAAAUCUGAUUUAGAGGUAAUGGACGACGGAUACAAGUGGAGAAAGUAUGGGAAGAAGAUGGUUAAGAACAGCCCAAAUCCAAGGAAUUAUUACAAAUGUGCGAGCGGCGGCUGCAACGUGAAGAAGAGGGUGGAAAGGGACGGCGAGGAUCCAAGCUACGUGAUAACAACGUACGAUGGAAUGCACAACCAUGAAAGCCCAUGUGUGGUGUACUACAACCAACCCCCCCUCGUGGUACCCAAUGGCUGGACUCUUCAACCUCCUUCUUCUUCUGCUCAAUCCUCUCCUUGUUGAAUUCCCCUAUCUAUUGCUUUCAACUUGUGUUGGGAAAAAAAGUUUAAAUUUGUCAUUGAAUAGGUAUAUGAUGAACCAGGAAAUUCUACCCAUGCAGACACACACUGUGCGCAGAUCCUGCACAAACGGCUCCGUGGGGCCCACUACGGGGCCUCCACAAACGAUCAUUGCCGUUCAUUAAAUUUAAAAUAUAUUUUUCAAGUGUCGCCGCGAAAAAACAGCUCAAGAUCCUAAAAUCUGAAUGGAAACCUAUAUGAUUGGAUUUAGCAAUUAGAGUUACUAUGUUGAGCAGAUUUUUCGCGGAAGCACUUGAAAAAAUAUUUUAAAUUUAAUGAAAAUGGCUCGGAUCGUUUGUGUGGGAUCCUUAAUGUGCCCUAUGUCGUGAUCUGUGUAGAAUCUAUGCACAGUGAGUCUCUGUGUGUGGCACAACUCAUCAUGAUCCUAGAGGUCAGAAAUGGUGUUUUCUGUACACUACUUUGUAAUACUGAUUUUCUCGUGAUGCCCGAAUUCGAAAUUUUACUAUUGAAUUGGUAUCAUGAUCCUAGAGGACGGAAGUUGUGUUUUAUGUACAGUACUUUGUAUGCCGAAAUUUGACUAUUGAAUUGGUAUCAUGACCCUAGAGGUCAGAAAUGGUAUUUUAUAU